AUGACUAUUCUGGUUGAUGUGCACUUGGUCAGCGGCAGGGGCGUGACUUUGGCCACUGAGGCAGAUGAUAGUGUCCUCGCGCUGAAGAAGCGUGCCCAGUCGGCUUUUGAAGUUGCCGGAGGAAGGUUGUUGAACUGUUCCGGUGGAGUUCUGAAUGGAACAGCCAGCGUGGAACAGGCAGGAUUGCAAACCGGUGAUGCCCUGACCCUCCUGGUCAAAUUGCAUCAGGUCAUAGCCUCAAAGCGGCGAAAGUUUUGUGUUGGGGCUGCCUUUGCCGCCAUCCGGGACGAUGGAUGCGUCGUGACGUGGGGCCAUGCGGACUUUGGUGGUGACAGCAGGGCCGUUCAAGAUCGACUGCACAAUGUGCAGCACAUCCAAUCGGGUUUCCGAGCUUUCGCGGCCAUCUUAGACGACGGAUCUGUUGUAACAUGGGGAGAUCCUAGACAUGGUGGCGACUGCAGUGCCGUGCAGCACCAGCUCAAAAACGUUCGGCAAAUCCAAGCCUCUUCCUUGGCCUUCGCGGCCAUCUUGGACAACGGAUCUGUUGUGACCUGGGGCGAUGCAGAUGGUGGUGACAGCAGUGCUGUGCAAGAUCGGCUUGUGAACGUGCAGCACAUCCAAGCCACCUACAGAGCAUUUGCUGCCAUUCUGGACGACCGAUCUGUGGUGACUUGGGGAGAUGCUGAAUAUGGUGGUGACAGCAGCUCCGUGUACCACUUCAACAACGUACAGCAGAUCCAUGCCUCUUACGCAGCCUUUGCUGCCGUCCUAGGUGAUGGAUGCGUCGUGGCCUGGGGCGAUGCCGAGUAUGGCGGUGACAGCAGAGCUGUGCAACAUCUCCUGAGUGGUGUGCAGCAGAUGCAAGCCUCUUUCGGUGCCUUUGCUGCCAUCCUGAGCGAUGCGUCUGUCGUGACUUGGGGUGAUGCGAAGUAUGGCGGUGACAGCAGUACCAUCCAAGAUCGCCUGCGCAAUGUCCAGCACAUCGAAUCUACCCACACAGCCUUCGCCGCCAUCCUGGACGAUGGAUCUGUUGUUACAUGGGGAGAUGCUGGCCAAGGUGGCGACAGCAGUGCCGUGCAGCACAUGCUUCAGGAUGUGAAGAGCAUGUCUGCGACUUCAGCAGCCUUUGCGGCUGUGCUGGGUGAUGGAUCUGUCGUGACCUGGGGGGACAGCCAGUCCGGUGGCGACAGCAGCUUCGUGCACAGUCGGCUACAGGAUGUCCAAAGCAUCCAGGCUGCGAACAAUGCCUUUGCUGCCAUCCGUGUCGAUGGAUCUGUUGUUUCAUGGGGAGAUGCUAGGUUUGGUGGUGACAGCAGUUCCGUGCAACAUCAGUUGAGACAUGUUCAACAGAUCCAGUCGUCUUCGAAAGCCUUUUGUGCCGUUCUCAGCGACGGAUCUGUAGUGACCUGGGGCUGUGCUGAUUGUGGGGGCGACAGCAGUGCUGUCAGAUGUCAGUUUUAA